AACAGCUGAGCAACAUGAGAUCAAGGAGCACAUUAGUUAAAACAGGGGCUCAGUGUGGCAUUUGAGAGGGAAGACACUUCCUCUGGUGGUAGACACUUGUCUUAACAGAUGACUUCUGCCCACCGAGAGUGAAGUCUCUUACCAGAGAGUUCUGUAGUCCUUUUGAAUUCUGCAGAUUCCUGUUAGCUGCUGGAAAGAAUCGUCUACUUGCGGAGUGAGUGGUUCAGACUCCAGGAUGUCCUCCUACAGAUGCAUGGGAGUGUGAAACUCAAAGUGGAGGCAGCAUCGUGGUCCUUUAUUGAGAGCCUGAAGGGACUGAAGUUUGGACUUCUCGGAUGAAAAAAAAGAUCAAAGAAGAGUGCACGUGCAAAUCCCAGAUGCAAAUGAAACUUUUCAGAUGGCAGCCUCCUAUGGUCAUCUCUGUUCAAGGCAGUCAAGAGAAGGGAGUGCUGAGCAGUCAUGAUUGUGUCCUGAUAUACAAAUCCGAGACAGAGGGAGAUGAAAGGCCCACUUCUGACAAUAGCCUGAUCAGGCUCACCAGCAGUAUGCUGAAGGUAAAGAGGUUGGAGGAAAUCAGCUCGUGCCACAGCAGCAACCCGCUGGAGAAGGUGGCCUUUUUUCAGUGCAUGGAGGAGGUGGAGAAGGUGAAAUGCUUCCUGGAAGAGAAUUCGGGUGAUCUGGAUCCACAGUCUGGAGACAGCGAGGCUGAGGAAAAUGUGUGGUCCAACCGUGCACUACAUGAAAGGACAAUUGUCAAAGGAGGAAGGACAUCAGUCCUCACAGAGAGAUCUGACCAGAAAGACCAAUUCUCUUCUGAGAAAGAAAAGAUAACCAAACUCAACCAGAAAAAUGCAGAGAAGACCUCAGAAGUGCAGAGUUGUGUCAUAUGUCAUGUGGAAAGGCGAGAGAAGAUAGGAUUUGUUCAGAGGAGUUCCACAGAGCUAAGAGAGAAUGCAGGUGCAAAAGAGGCACCAUGCGUAGAAAGUCUAGAGAAACAAGAAAGCAACAACCUGGGAGAUAAACAAGACACUGAAGAUAACAAUGGAGCAAAAAAUGGGAUUUCUUCGCAGAAAGAUUCCAUAGGAAUAGAAGCUGAGAACAGGGCUUCAAAGGCUGCAAGAGGGACAGUGCUGGACAAACACUCGACUGAGAGCCAGCACACUGAGGACAGGAAUGGUGGCCCGUCCCAUGAAAGGUGCGUCAGUAAUCUAAAGACCAUUUCUACGUCAGGAAUCCUUGGAAAUUCAGCAUCAGGAUCUACUUUCCAGAAUUCUGAACAGACAGAGUCUACUGGCAGCAGUAAGCGCAGGGUGGCAGAGGAAUGCUUCCUGAGUGAGGACAACAAAAAGAGCAGGAUAGAUGUAGUGAGUACAGGGGAAGAGCCCACGGCUAGGACAGAGGAAACCAGACAAGCCAGGAGCCUGGAUGAUAGACUCCAGGAUGGAAUGACCACUUCUAGAGAGCAAGACCCGGCAAUCCCACUGGAUGAUGUCCCUGCUCCUGCUGCUCCAUUUGAUCAUCGGAUUGUGAUGGCCAAACAUGCUGCAGUUGACAGUCUCUACACCGUGAGCAAAUCUGAGAUCCUAGGAGGGGGGCGUUUUGGCCAGGUACAUAAGUGUGAAGAGAAAGCAACGGGCCUGAAGCUGGCAGCUAAAAUCAUUAAGAUUAGAGGUGCAAAGGACAAGGAGGAUGUGAAGAACGAGAUCAGUGUCAUGAACCAGCUGGACCAUGUGAACCUAAUUCAGCUCUAUGAUGCUUUUGAGUCGAAGCAUGACAUCAUCCUUGUCAUGGAGUAUGUGGAGGGCGGGGAGCUGUUUGACCGAAUCAUUGAUGAAAACUGCAAUUUGACAGAACUGGACACCAUCCUGUUCAUGAAGCAGAUCUGUGAGGGGAUAAGGUAUAUGCACCAGAUGUACAUCCUCCACUUGGAUCUCAAGCCUGAGAACAUCCUGUGUGUGAAUCGGGAUGCUAAGCAAAUAAAGAUUAUUGAUUUUGGAUUGGCCAGAAGAUACAAGCCCAGAGAGAAGCUGAAGGUGAACUUUGGAACCCCAGAAUUUCUUGCCCCUGAAGUUGUGAACUAUGAUUUCGUCUCCUUUCCUACAGAUAUGUGGAGCGUGGGCGUCAUCACAUACAUGCUACUCAGUGGCUUGUCCCCCUUUCUGGGCGAUAAUGAUGCCGAGACGCUGACCAACAUCCUGGCAUGCCGGUGGGAUUUAGAAGAUGAAGAAUUUCAGGAUAUCUCAGAGGAGGCCAAGGAGUUCAUCGCCAAACUCCUGAUUAAGGAGAAGAGUUGGAGAAUAAGUGCCAGCGAAGCUCUCAAGCACCCCUGGUUGUCAGACCACAAGCUCCACUCCAGGCUGAGUGCACAGAAGAACUGCAACUCUGGUGUUCUGAACCUCACGACCAAAUAAUUCAUGGAAGGAGCCUACUUAAAAGGAAAACUGCUGCGGUUGCUGCUGCUUUGAGAAGGCUUUUGGAAAAAUCAGCAGUUCUGGUGCCUUGACCCCUGGGAUGACUGGCAGCCAUAGCAUGGGCAGCCUUGAACUUGAACUUGGAGAGGCUUUGCUGUGCUCAGUGGGUGACCCAGGGCUGCUCCCUAGGGGCGCAGGCAGAUGCCCACAUCCCACUUAGUGUACAGAGGGGAAGAUGUUUCUCUGCCUUCUUGGCUUCUUGUGUUUCAAUGUUUGUUUUUAGUUUGGGAUGUUAGUGGGGCAGCGGGUAUGUUAGCUGUUUCUUGGACUCCCAGAGUGGUGCUUGAGACACGAAAUCUGGAGGAUGCAUUGGAGGAGAGAAAACGACUUCUAGUCCGUGCACUGUGUUUCUCAAGUGGGCAAUUGUAUUGCCAGGAAAAUUCUAAGAUUUGGACCCUUUGAUUUGCAUUUUUUUUGUGGUUUGAAAUAAGGUGAAUUCAAUGGAUUAUUAGCUUGCAGGAACAUAAGGCGUCUAAGGCAAGAUCAGCCAUCAAACAUGGCACUUUCUACAUAUUCUGAACUCUCUCUCAAGUGCAACAGUUUCUACCCAGUAGCUGAUUCCAUGUUCAGAUUCAUGCCCCACCAUUUUACAGAGUGUCUCUUGCUCUGGUCUAAUGUGCAAAUUCAUCCCCAUUAAACACGGUGGUUUGGGGAGGUACAUAUUUGUGGUUACUCUUUAAAAUGACAACCUUCAAAAGACACCCAAUAAGAGCUUCUCUCAAGACCUGGGUGUCACCAGUAGGAGCUAGGUCUGUGCAUUCAGGGGAAAUACGAUGCUCGAUAUCCAGGGUCAGUGUCUAGAAAGUGGCUCCAGCCUCUGGGUAAACUGAAGUACUUAAAAGAUCUUUAAUCCUAGCUACACAAAUUUAAAACCUUGCAAAUUCUCAUAGGAGUCAGUGGUUAUAAGGGUAAGGCAAAACUGAUUUCUGAUUACAAACAUUUUUUUGAGACAAGGUCCUUAUUAUAUAGUUUUGGCUGGCCUGAAAUUUGCUAUGUAGACCAGGCUGGCCUCAAAACUCAUAGAAAUCCAUUUAUAUCUGCUCCAGAGUGCUAAGACUAAAGGCACACAGUACCAUGACUGGCAUUGGUUGCAAAUUUCUUAUUUCCUAGCUCAUGGGCUAUUUGCUGUCAGAUAUUUGAUAAGGAAUGCGAGCACUACCAUAGGUGGAGUUUAGGGAGUAGGAUGGCUUGGGGCAUAGAACGCAAACCAGGGAAAACAUUUCUAUAUGAAGACAAGACUUUGCAAAGCCCCCUGAAAUUUCACUUACAUUCAGACUCUCAUUUCCAAACGGCCAUUGAGUUUAGUUCAGCCAAACAAUUCCCCACACCCCCCCAGUUUUAGCCACAAGUUGAUGUCACAAUUGCAAUGGUAAGAAUAACCAAGUGGCCUUGUCACUGGGGGCCAACUUGAGGCCCUUGACUAAUCACAAACCCUCAUGGCCAUAAGCAUGCCCACCAAUAGCUAACACCUUGCCAUUGCCUUUUCAUGCCUGACUCUGAAGCAAAGGGGAAGUAGGUACCACUUAGUGAAGGCCAGUAUCAUUUCACUGUUGUGUUAUCUGUAAAACUCUGCUUGUUCCAGCCAGUGUUCUUGGGCUGCGACACAGACACACAGACACUGUUCCUUUCUUUUGGCCCAUGCACUCAUCCAAGGUUGGUUUUUAAUAUCCCCUUUAAGCUUAAAAUCUUUCCUUCCUUCCUUUUUUCUUUCUCUCUUUGUUUGUUUGCUUGUUUGUUUCUCUCUCUCUCUCUCUCAAUCUCUCUCUCUCUCUCUUUCUUUCUUUCUCUCUUUCUUCUUCUGCCUCCCCCUCUUCCUUUGUUAAAAAUGAAAAGACACACACAGGCACACACACACACACAGAGACACACAAACAAGCUGGGACAGGUGGAGAAGCUCUGACUCCAAUGUUCUAUUACUAUGCUAAACUUAGCGGAUGCUGUUCACUGAGCAUGGGGGAAAGUAAUGCAAGCCAGUACACACAUUAAUCCUCCUUGACCACAGCAGGCUGGCACUCACUCAAAUGCUAGAUGGGACACAAGGGUCUGGUUGGACACCCUGCAUAGAAGGGCAUUCUCAGUUCUGGGCAUGGACUCUCCCCGAGCCUGGGGAAGAGAUCUUCAGCAAGACAUGCAACUUUUAUUCUAACUCACAUUGCUAUACACCUGGGCUUCCCACACGUGGAAAGGACAGCUUAGGUCACAUACGGGCAUGAGAUCUUGGCCACCUGAAUUUCCAUAAUACCCCACAAUUAGUGGGUGUGUUUGCUUUAGUUUAUGUUUUUCGAGGUUUAGAGAGGAGACUGCUUUGAGAGUGGAUCUUCCAGUGGGCAGUUAAGCUUGCACAUUUGGAUUGGAAGGUGGGCACCCCACUCUAGCAAGAGCGUUUUAUGCACAAGCUGAGGUGAGUUCUGUCACCAAGUUGACGAUUACAGGCUGAGUUACAGUGGUGCAGGAGAUGAUCAGUCUGGCUUUACCUGUCCCCUCACUCCACACCUAUGUGAGGUUGCUCCAAUUAAGAGCCUAUCAUGUCAGCUCUGAUGGUAAAGGUGCUUCACAAAGCUGGGGAAGCAAAGCAGAUGCCAGUUCUGUGACCGUGGCUAUUCUGUGGCUUCUGACGUCCACUUUCCAAGAGGUCAUCAGGAUCUGGGGUGUGGUUUUCUCCUUCACCCUCUUCAUGCACAGGAGGCUUCUCUUAGUUCCACUGAAGCUGCAUGGAGCUGCUGCUUUCUUUAGCUAAGAAACAAAGCACACAGCACGUGUGCUGUUCAGAAAGAAAUAGCCUGAAGAUAGCUGAGAAGGAAGGGGUCCAUGUUCAGAGUUUGGAUGAUAUCAACACUUACCCAAAAACAGUUGAUAUUUAAGAACACGGGGGAAAGAGCUCAUGCUCCCAUUUGCUCCAUAAAAAAAUGGAAUAAAUUUUUCUCUAAGAUAGCUUAGGGCAAAGCUUUACAGGUUAAAUUAGGUAACACAUAUGUCAAGACCCAUGAGUUUAUUUUAUUUUUUUUUUGGUGGCUUUUUGCCCAACUGGUAUUAAUUUAUUUUCUUUCUUUAAAAUGUAAAUAGGCAUGUGUACUUUAGUAUUUUGAAGAACAUGUGAAUAGUUAUGGAAAUUAGCAUAGUCAAUUUUCUUGUUUUGGAAUCAAAAUAUGGAUUUUAUACUAAGGAAAUGAGGGUUACGCUCUUAAUUCAUUCCUUCUUCUCUGCGUGCUCCCUGUCACUCCCUUGCCUGGGCAAGGGGUGCAAUGUGCAUACAUUUUCUUGUUUAGUUUGGGCUCCAGGCCAGCUCACUUGGAAAAUUUAUUUGUAAAAGUAUAAAUAAGGAAGGGCAGGGCCUGUGGGCUGUGGUGGGUAGGCUCAGCCCUGCCAUCCCUGUGGGCCAUGCUGGCUGAAGCUCACUGUUCAGCAUCUCCACAGCUCAGACAAUGUGCUUGUUUUUAAAUUUUUCUUCACUUAUUUCUUUUUCUUAAGUUAGAAUUUAGUCCAUCUUCCUCAUUAUGAUAUUCCUCUAAGAACCAGUCAGCCUGUCUCCCUUUUCCUUCCUUCAUCCUCCUUCCUUUCCUUCCUUCCUUUCUUUCUUCCUACCUUUCCUUAUUCCUUCCUUCCUUUCUUCUUUCUUUCCUACCUUCUCUCUUUUCAUGCUGGGAAUGGACUCCAGGACCUUCCACACACUAAGUACAUGCUAAACCAGUGAGCUGCACAUCAACUCCUCUGUGACCUUUUUGAGAUGAAAAGUUUCUUUCCAAAUGGCAAAGUGCCUUCAGUGACACAAGGAAGUGGGUAGGUGAUUCUGGGUUCAAGAUUCACGCCAUGUCCUUGUGCAACUUGAAGUAUGCAGUUUCUCAAAUUAGAAGUGCUGUACAUAUUUUCUUGUCCCAUUCUGGUGAGCUGUGUUUCUUUAAGUGAUCUUUAUAUAUGGAAGGCUUAAGCACAUUCAAAAGAACAGCAGAUACCUAACGCCUGUGUGGAGAAGUUGGACAUGUGCGCAUUUUGCUGUCACCCUAGCUUACAGAUGUCAGUGUGUCCUUCUGAAGAGGUUCAUUCAUGCAGAUCAGAACUAAAAGUGGAUUGUGUAGUGACUGUCAUGUAUAUUUUUAUUUCUGAAUGUGGUAGGAACAUUUGGCUUUACUUCUUUGCCUUAUGAAGGUGCACUGUAAGUCAUAUAUGUGUAUUAAAGAACUAUCUUAUUUUCUUUGUUCUUAUUUAUCUUUGUUAAUGAUUUAAAUUAUUCAAUAAAGAAGCCUUGGCUAACACAA